AUGGCUCCCAUGAAACAAAAGUCCUGGCUAGCAGCCCAGUUGACACCGCGCAAACUAACCUUCUAUACCCUCUUCCACGGCCUCCACAUAGGCCUCUUCAUCCUCGGCUGGUAUCUGCAAGCCUCGAACCUUAAGUUGGCACCCUUGAACACCCUACACUUCAGCGUCUGGUUCAGCCGAGGAGCAGGAUUGUGUCUAAGUGUAGAUGUCAUGCUCAUCGUCCUGCCCAUGUGCCGGAACUUGCUGCGAGUCAUCAGGCCGAAGAUAAGAUGGUUACCGCUGGACGAGAGCCAAUUCUUCCAUCGACAAGUGGCUUAUUCGAUUUUGAUCUGGACGACGGUGCAUGUGAGCGCGCAUUAUGUCAACUUCUUCAAUGUCGAGCGCUCGCAGGUUAGGAAAGAGGCGGCGGUCGAGAUCCACUAUACUCAAGCUGGAGGAAUAACAGGCCACAUCAUGCUCCUAUGCAUGCUCCUCAUGUACACCACCGCCCACACCAAGAUUCGGCAGCAGAGUUUCGAGACGUUUUGGUAUACGCAUCACUUGUUUAUUCCAUUCUUGUUGGCCAUGUAUACUCAUGCGACGGGAUGUUUCGUGAGGGAUAGUCUGGAGCCGUAUAGUCCGUUCGCGGGCAAGCCGUUCUGGGGCCAUUGUAUCGGGUAUGAAGGGUGGAGGUGGGAGUUGAUUGGUGGUGGGAUUUAUCUGUGCGAGAGGGUGUAUCGAGAAUUGAGGAGUAGGAGGCAAACGGAGAUUAUCAAGGUUGUGAGACAUCCUUAUGACGCCGUCGAGAUCCAAUUCCGCAAACCCUCCAUGCGCUACAAACCCGGCCAAUGGCUCUUCCUCAAUCUACCCUCCGUCAGCGCAACUCAAUGGCACCCCUUCACUAUCACCUCCUGCCCCUUCGAUCCUUACAUCUCCGUCCAUGUCCGUCAGGUGGGAGACUUCACUCGCUCCCUCGCCUCCGCGCUAGGAGCCGGCGCCGAACAAUCCAGCUUAUACGACGAACUAGAUCCCAUGGGAAUGUACGAAGUAGCGCUUCAGAAUGGCCAAGAAAUGCCUCGAUUGCGGAUUGACGGACCCUACGGCGCUCCAGCCGAGGACGUCUUCGAGAACGAAGUCGCCGUCCUGAUCGGAACGGGCAUCGGAGUAACUCCCUGGGCCGCCAUCCUCAAAAACAUUUGGCACAUGCGGCUCUCCCCAAACCCGCCCAAACGUCUGCGCCGCGUAGAGUUCAUCUGGGUCUGCCGCGACACGACGUCCUUCGAAUGGUUCCAGGCCUUACUUUCCAGUCUCGAAGCGCAAUCCCUCUCCAUGACCGGCAGCGGAGGCGAAGGAGGCCAAACGGAGUUCUUGCGGAUCCAUACUUAUCUCACGCAAAAGUUCGACGCCAAUGCCGCGACGAAUAUCGUGCUGAAUAGCGUAGGGAUGGACAAAGAUCCGCUCACCGAGCUCUCCAGCCGCACCAACUUUGGCCGACCCGAUUUCGCCAAGUUGUUGGUUGGAAUGAGGGAGGGCGUGUUGAAUCAGAGUUAUAUCCCUGGUUUAGUGCGGCCAGAUAAGAGGAAGACGGAGGUAGGGGUUUAUUUCUGUGGGCCGAAUGUUGCGGCGAGGGAGGUAAAGAAGGCUUGUAAGGAGGCGGAGGUGCCGGAGGUGAAGUUCAAGUUUUGGAAGGAACAUUUUUGA